UCCCGGUAGGAAGCAGUCCGUGUGUAAACUCGACGUGUCCUGGAAGGUGCGUGCCUUUCUGUCCCUCGGCCGCCGAGCACGAUGCUGGACCCGUCCUCCAGCGAGGAGGAGUCCGAUGAGCUUCUGGACGAAGAGCGGCGGGACGCGCUGUUGGCGGCGGGCGGGGGCUCCUCGCCGCGCUCGCUGCCGCCGCCGCCGCGGGACCCGCGGGGCAGAGAGGGCGGCGCGGGGCGGGCGGCGAGCCCCAGCCCUUCGGUGCUGAGCGAGGGCCGGGAGGAGCAGGAGCGGCUGCAACGGGAGGAGCGGGAGAAGCGGCUCCGGCUGCAGCUCUACGUCUUCAUCGCCAGGUGCAUCGCGCACCCCUUCAACGCCAAGCAGCCCACGGACAUGGCCCGCCGGCAGCAGAAGCUUAAUAAGCAGCAGCUACAGACACUGAAAGAACGUUUCCAGGCCUUUCUGAAUGGGGAGACACAAAUCGUAGCAGAUGAAGCGUUCUGUAAUGCUGUGCGAAGUUACUAUGAGGUGUUUCUCAAGAGUGACCGGGUUGCAAGAAUGGUUCACAGUGGAGGAUGUUCUGCAAACGACUUUAGAGAUGUUUUUAAGAAAAACAUAGAGAAGAGAGUCCGAAGUUUGCCGGAAAUUGAUGGAUUAAGCAAAGAGACAGUAUUAAGUUCUUGGCUAGCCAAGUAUGAUGCCAUAUACAGGGGAGAAGAGGACUUCUGCAAACAGCCAAAUAGAAUGGCCUUAAGUGCUGUAUCGGAGCUGAUUCUGAGCAAGGAACAGCUUUAUGAAAUGUUUCAGCAGAUUCUAGGGAUCAAAAAGUUGGAACAUCAGUUGAUUUAUAACGCCUGCCAACUGGAUAAUGCAGAUGAGCAAGCAGCCCAGAUCAGACGUGAACUAGAUGGACGUCUGCAACUGGCCGAACAAAUGGCAAGGGAAAGAAAAUUCCCCAAGUUCAUAACAAGAGAAAUGGAGAACAUGUACAUAGAAGAGUUACGGUCUUCAGUGAAUUUGCUGAUGGCAAAUUUGGAAAGUCUUCCAGUGUCUAAAGGUGGGCCAGAAUUUAAACUGCAGAAGUUAAAGCGAUCACAAAAUUCUGCAUUCUUGGACAUUGGAGAUGAAAAUGAAGUUCAGCUCUCAAAGUCUGAUGUGGUCCUCUCCUUCACAUUAGAGAUUGUUAUCAUGGAAGUGCAAGGUUUGAAGUCAGUCGCCCCCAAUCGGAUUGUCUAUUGCACCAUGGAAGUGGAGGGGGGUGAAAAGCUUCAGACAGACCAAGCAGAAGCUUCCAGGCCACAAUGGGGAACUCAAGGAGAUUUCACCACAACUCAUCCUCGGCCUGUUGUCAAAGUAAAACUCUUUACAGAAAGCACUGGGGUUCUGGCACUUGAAGAUAAAGAACUUGGAAGAGUAGUGCUGUAUCCGACAUCCAACAGCUCCAAGUCCCCUGAUUUGCACAAAAUGAUCGUCCCCAAAAACAGCCAGGACAGUGACUUGAAAAUCAAAUUGGCAGUGAGAAUGGAUAAACCACCUCACAUGAAGCACUGUGGAUAUUUGUAUGCUCUAGGACAAAAGGUGUGGAAGCGGUGGAAAAAGCGCUACUUUGUGCUUGUUCAGGUUAGCCAGUACACAUUUGCAAUGUGCAGUUACAGAGAAAAGAAGUCUGAACCUCAGGAACUGAUGCAACUAGAAGGAUACACUGUGGAUUAUACAGCUCCUCACGCAGGUCUUCAAGGUGGUCGAAUGUUUUUCAAUGCUGUUAAAGAAGGAGAUACUGUAAUAUUUGCCAGUGACGAUGAGCAAGAUAGAAUACUCUGGGUUCAAGCAAUGUACAGAGCCACAGGUCAAUCAUAUAAGCCUAUUCCUGCAAGUCAAGCUCAGAAGAUGAAUCCUAAAGGAGGAGAUGUCAGUGCAGAUAUAUCCCCACUCUAUACAGACCGUGGUCAGAAACAUGGCAUGGAAGAGUUUAUUUCUGCUAAUCCCUGCAAAUUUGACCAUGCUUUCCUCUUUCAACUGCUUCAGAGGCAGACCUUGGAUCACAGAUUGAAUGACUCCUAUUCUUGUUUGGGUUGGUUUAGCCCAGGCCAGGUCUUCGUAUUAGAUGAAUACUGUGCUCGCUAUGGAGUGAGAGGUUGUCACCGCCAUCUUUGCUAUCUUAAUGAGUUGAUUGAACAUUCAGAAAGUGGUUCUGUCAUUGAUCCAACCUUACUCCACUACAGCUUUGCAUUUUGUGCUUCUCAUGUCCAUGGCAACAGGCCAGACGGAAUUGGAACAGUAUCUGUUGAAGAGAAAGAAAGGUUUGAAGAAAUUAAGGACAGACUUUCUUCCCUUCUGGAAAACCAAAUAAGCCAUUUCAGAUACUGUUUCCCUUUUGGACGUCCUGAAGGAGCUUUAAAAGCCACGCUUUCAUUACUUGAAAGGGUUUUAAUGAAAGACAUUGCCACUCCCAUACCAGCAGAAGAGGUGAAGAAAGUGGUCAGAAAAUGUCUGGAGAAGGCUGCCUUGAUCAAUUACACUCGACUUACAGAAUAUGCCAAAAUAGAAGCAACAGCAGAAAAAGACUCAGAGGCCAUGAGCCAAGCAACACCUGCUAGAAAACUGGAAGAGGUUCUUCACCUUGCAGAGCUCUGUAUCGAAGUACUGCAGCAAAAUGAAGAACAUCAUUCAGAGGCAUUCUCUUGGUGGCCAGAAUUAUUGGCUGAACAUGCAGAGAAGUUUUUGUCUCUUUAUUCUGUUGAUAUGGAUUCAGCACUUGAAGCACAGCCACAGGACUCCUGGGACAGCUUCCCACUUUUCCAGCUGCUGAAUAACUCCCUCAGAAAUGAUACAUUUUUGUGCAAUGGAAAGUUUCACAAGCACUUGCAAGAAAUUUUUGUUCCCAUGGUCAUCCGCUACAUUGACCUCAUGGAAUCAUCAAUUGCCCAGUCCAUUCACAGAGGUCUUGAACAAGAGUCGUGGCAACCUGUCAAGAGCAUCACCAACAGUCUUCCUAAUGUAGCUCUUCCAAAAGUUCCAAGUUUGCCUCUUAAUCUUCCACAAAUGCCUAGCUUUACUACACCAACCUGGAUGACUUCCAUGUAUGAAUUCACCAACGGCUCAGCUACAUCGGAAGAUCUUUUUUGGAAACUGGAUGCUCUGCAGAUGUUUGUUUUUGAUCUUCACUGGCCGGAACCGGAAUUUGCACACCAUUUAGAGCAGAGACUUAAACUCAUGGCCACUGACAUGAUAGAAGCCUGCGUUAAAAGAACAAGAAUUGCUUUUGAAGUCAAGCUGCAAAAGACAAACAAAUCAACAGACUUGCGUAUUCCUUCUUCUCUGUGUACAAUGUUUAAUGUCUUAGUUGAUGCCAAAAAGCAGACAGCUAAACUCUGCAUACUAGAAGGAGGGCAAGAGUUUGCUAGUCAAUGGCAACAAUACCAUUCAAAAAUAGAUGACUUGGUUGAAGAGACUGUGAAAGAAAUUAUUUCACUCCUUGUUUCAAAGGUUGUUUCAGUGUUGGAAGGUGUGCUGUCCAAACUGUCAAGAUAUGACGAAGGCACCUUCUUCUCAUCAUUAGUUUCAUUCACGGUGAAAGCAGCUGCAAAAUAUGUUGACGUUCCUAAACCAGGGAUGGAUUUAGCAGAUACCUACAUCAUGUUUGUUCGACAGAACCAGGAUAUACUUCGAGAAAAAAUCAAUGAGGAAAUGUAUAUAGAGAAGCUAUUUGAUCAAUGGUAUAGCGGCUCCAUGAAGGUCAUAUGCAUGUGGUUGGCUGAUAGAUUAGACCUUCAGCUUCACAUCUACCAGCUGAAGACUCUCAUCAAGAUCGUUAAGGAGUUGUGCACAACCUCUUCCAGCAGAGGAAUUGGCCUGAUAGCUCUUAAUUGUUUUCCAUUUUCUUUUCCCUGUAGUCUCUUCCAUACACACUGAGAACUCAUAUUGUAAAAGGCUUAUCCUUCUUAAGCUUUGUAGGGUAACUUGGGAAAGGUUGUUACAAACAUAUUACUGAUAACAAAAUAAGAAGGUAGAGUAGGUGGAUCUCCAUGUGCUCAGUGAAUCAGUAAAUACAACCAUUUUAUUCCCAACACUCACUGAAUAAUCAAACAAAAAUAUCAUACCUGCUGGUUCAUAGGAAGGCUGCUUACCAAGGAAACAAAACUUUGCCAAGUGGCAAAAAAAAAAAAAAAAAAAAAAAAAAGAUGUAGACAAGUUUCAAACUGUAGGUGAGUAAAUUAACAUUGUAAAUUAAUGUAAAUUAACAUUGAUUGCAGUAGGCACCUGAGAAACUUUCACAUCUUAGAAUAUAGAGAAUAUAGAUUAUAACCUAAGAUUUAAUUUAUUUCUCUACCUUUGGUGCAUAAAUGUAGAGAUAAAUGCAAGUGGAGUUAUAGUUUGAGGAAAGUCAGACUUCUACAUUUACUGUGAAAUGACAGAACCACCUGUAGACAGGUUCACAUUGCAGUUUGCAGUGAGAAAGCUUCUUGAUUGGCUUCUUAUUGUAUAAAUUAGACAAAAGGAAGUUACUGAGAGGUCUGCAUGCAGUUAUAGAACCAUAGUACAAAACACAGUCUCCUAAACAAAUUACCAUCCAAGUGUGGCUUGAGGAUUCCUUGUGUUCUUAGGAUGAAACAAAGUGGUCUUGUUUACCCUGAUAUGAUUUUAUGCAAAGUUAUGCCUGCAAAAUGUUAUGCUCUGAGCCCAUUGGCAGUAUUUCUGCUGUUGUCAUUAGCAAAGGCAGCACCAUUGAUAGACAAAUAUGUAGAAAGUGUCCAUGGAGGACUUGAGUAUGUAGGCAGAAACUGAUGCCCAAGAAAGAUUUCUGUUUCCCAAAAUAGCGCUCAACAGACAGAAGAUGACAAACAUUUUCCAAGAAUUAAAAAAAAAAAAAAAAGAAGACAA